AUGCCAGACAAUGGAACCGUAUUCGAGAGUCGAACGGAACAUAUUUUAAUAAUUAAUUGUGAAUCAUUUCAGUUCCUUGCAGUAUUCGCUUUCCUGGCCGUGGCCAGUGCCCAGCACUACGAUCCCCAUUACUACCAGCCACAGUACCAUGCUCCUGCCAUUGUUAAGACUGUCCAGCCAGCCAUCGUCAAGACUAUUCAGCCAGCUCUAGUCAAGACCGUCAAACACGUCGAGUAUCCAGACUCUCCAGCUGAAUAUCAGUUCCAGUACUCCGUUCACGAUGAGCACACCGGAGAUAUUAAGAGCCAACAGGAGGAACGCCAUGGUGAUGACGUUAAGGGCCAGUACACUCUGAUCGAUGCUGAUGGCCACCGUCGUAUCGUAGAUUACACCGCCGAUGAGCACAACGGUUUCAACGCUGUCGUUCGUCGGGAACCUCUCGAGGGACACAAGAUCGUAAAGACUAUUGCUCCGGUCGCCAAGGUGUACGCCCCAGUCGCCAAGGUUAUCGCUCCUCAGGUGCACUACAGCCAUCCAGAACCACAAUACUCACACUCGCACUAUUAG